UGAUGUUGAUUACAUAGAUACUUGGCAUGCAAUGGAGGACCUUGUCAAACUCGGAUUAGUUCGCAGUAUUGGGUUGUCGAACUUUAAUAUGGAACAGAUUCAACGAAUUAUACAGUGUAGCUCAUAUAAGCCAGUUGUUAACCAAGUUGAAAUCUGGCCAGGUUUUUUGCAAAAGGACCUAGUUGAUUACUGCCGCUAUAAUGGAAUUAUUGUAAAUGCACAUUCCCCACUAGGUCAGCCAAAUAGAGAAAAUCAUACUCCAAUAUAUUUCUUUUCGGAAGGUAUGAAACGGUUGACUAAAAAAUAUAAGAAAUCCGCUGGACAAAUAGUCCUACGAUAUUUGGUGGACUACGGUGUUGUACCAAUUCCCAAAGCGGCAAAUCCUAUACAUAUAAAACAAAACUUAAAUAUAUUUGACUUUAAAUUAGACGAUGCCGAUACACGCUCUUUACGUGGUAUAAAUCCGAAAAGUCGAAUUGUAAAAUAUGAAAACGUCAUGGAUCAUCCUUUUUACCCUUUUGAACGUGAUGAUGAAAAUAUUGAGAAAUUGGAAAUAGAAGUGCCUGACGAAGAUUUGAAAGAAGACAAGGGAGAUGAUAUAGAUGAAGAAGGAGACGAUUAAUAUAACUAAUUAAAAAAUACUGUUAACGAGAUUAGUCUACUUAAUAAUGAAUUUGACAACUU